GAGUUUAUAAAUGUUGUCGCGCAGAGUAACGUUUACAGUUCUGAGACGUGACAGAGGAAGUAGUUGGUGAAUUUAGCAGCGUUUUUUAUCUGUUGCCUGUUCGGGUUGAGUUUUUUUUUUGCUUGUCUACUUCACUGGGACACUUCUUACUGUGCAAAAGUCAUGGCCGAUCCUACCAUAUUUAAUAACCGUGCUGACAGCUUGGAUAAUCGCAGCAAAGGCAAUGGGAAACUAGAUUAUUCGGGCGGCUCGUUGCACCCUGGAGUCGGCAAACAGGCUCCGCUUUGGGAGGAGCGGUGUGACAGCGGCAUCGGCUCAAUGAAUGAGAAGGACGAGGAGGUUCUACGGGAGAUCCAGGAGCUGAGCCUGGACGACAAACCGGAGCCAACCCAGUAUUGGAAAGAUUUCAUCUCGGAGGAUGGAGAUACAUUUCUGCAUUUGGCGAUCAUCCAUACAGCCAAUGAAAUCGUAUCCCAAAUCCUCGCCAAUACCCAGUCUGGCGAUCAGUACCUUCACCGUCAGAAUAACCUGAAACAGACUCCUUUGCAUCUGGCAGUGAUCACGCAGCAGCCUGAUGUGCUACGUGCUUUGUUGUGGGUUGGAGGAGAUCUGGGACCGAGGGACAUUAAUGGAAACUCAGCUUUACACAUCGCUUGUGAGAUGAAUUUGUUCUUGUGCGUGAAGACCAUCAGCGAUUUCCUAACGAGACACCAUACCCGAGAACUUUUGGACAGCAAGAAUUACAAUGGCCUUACAUGUUUGCAGCUGGCAGUCAAAAACAGACUUCACAAGAUGGUGGUCUAUCUAAUUCAGAUUGGAGCUGAUAUUAACGCUCAGGAGCCAUCAAGUGGUCGGACAGCUCUCCAUCUUGCAGUGGAGGAGCAGGAUGCUGAAAUGGUGUCACUUUUGCUGCAGUGUGGAGCAGACCCCAAUGUGCUCACAUACAAUGGCUGUACACCGUAUCAUCUGACCUUGGGAAGAGAGAAUUCGAGGAUACAGACAGAACUUAUCCAUGUGACAGAUCCAGCUCUAUGCAUGAUGUGGGAUGAAGAAAAGAUAUGGGAAUCCGAAACUCCUGACCAUGAGAUACCUUUCUCUUAUGAUGACUGUGCAAUCGGAGGACGCCCACUCAGGUGUUGAAGAUGGUUUCUUUGUGCACUGCUGUAUUUCAAGUCAUCUAAAAAGAACUAGAUAUGCAUAUUAAAGUAUGGUUACCCAACCAUUUGGUUUGAUGAAAAACUUCAGUGACAUACACUAAGAUUUCUAAGUCACACAGUUGGGUGGCACGGUCUGAUGUUCUAAAUAAUUUGUAAUAUAAAUGAAAAAAACCUUUUCAGAAGUGGAGAAUGCAGUGCUACAAAUAUUAGUUGUAAAUUAUAUACUAUUGUGCAAGUGAUACCUUUGUAUGCACUGUUUUCAAUUAUUAUAACUGGUUGAAAAAUUUUUUCAACAUUUAAGUUCUUGUGCAUAUUUGUAUUAUGUAAAAAUUGUAAAUGUGUAAAAUACUGUAAUUAUUGUACAGAUUUUUUUACCCAUAAAAGAACAAGACAAUAUUUGUACAUCCCUCAGAUAUUUAUUUUUGUCAAAUAAAGAUUAUGGAAUUGAAA